GUUCCCUCGGAGGUUUUUUCGACUUCACCACUCAUUUUACAUCGACAGACGUGAUGCUCGGACAAGUGCAACGCCGUGGCUUCUCCAGCCUCAAGAAGACUGCUCUGUAUGACCUCCACAAGGAGUUGGGCGGCAAGAUGGUGGAUUUCGCCGGGUAUUACAUGCCUGUACAGUACCCUGCCGGCAUCUUGAAGAGCCACAACCACACCCGUACCAAGGGCCUGGCGUCGCUCUUCGACGUGUCCCACAUGGGACAACUCAAGAUUACCGGCAAGGAUCGCGUGCGUUUCUUGGAAUCCAUCGUCGUGGGGGACAUUGCGGCGUUGACCAGCGGCGAGGCCAAGUUGAGUUUGAUCACCAACGACAAGGGCGGGAUCAUCGACGACUGCGUCACCACCGCGUACGACGACCAUUUGUACGUGGUCGUGAACGCUGGCAACCAAGACCUUGACUGGGCGCACAUGCAAACGCAUUUGGCCAAGUUCCAAGGCGACGUCAAGCUCGAAAAGAUCACCGACCGGUCGUUGGUCGCGUUGCAAGGCCCUGGCGCGGCUGAAAUUGUGUCGGCGCUCCUGCCGGCGUCCGUCAACUUGGCCGACAGCAACUUUAUGACUGGCCAAUUCACGCACCUCCUCGGUGCCGAUGUGAUCCUCACCCGUUGCGGCUACACGGGCGAAGACGGCUUUGAAGUGUCGGUGCCUUCGUCCCAAGUGGAAUCGUUCACCCGCCAAUUGCUUGCCGACGAACGCGUGUUGGAAGCGGGUUUGGGUGCCCGCGACAGUUUGCGGUUGGAAGCGGGGUUGUGCUUGCACGGCCACGACAUUUCACCCGAAACGACCCCCAUCGAAGGCGCGUUGGCGUGGACAAUGAGCAAGCGCCGUCGCGAAGAGGGCGGGUUUCCUGGAGCGGACAUCAUCCUGGACCAACUGAACAACAAAACGUUCACCAAGAAGCGUGUGGGGUUCACGGUGGAAGGCGCGCCGGCCCGCGAAGGUGCCGAAGUGUUCAACCCCCAGGGCGAGCGCAUCGGCACGGUCACCAGUGGCACGCUGAGCCCCACGUUGAAGCAAGCGUUGGGCAUGAUGUACGUGACCAAGGGCAACUUCAAGAUCGGAACGGAAGUGCACUUCAAGGUCCGCAACAAGGUCCAAAAGGGCAAAGUCGCCAAGAUGCCGUUUGUCGAACCGGGGUAUUACAAGAAGGAUUAAGCGCCACCAUGUUUGUUACAACGAACUAUGUUAAGCGUGCAAAGAAAUAAUUUCCAGUGAAUUGUGAGGUUUUUGGUCG